AUGCUUGAAGGAGACGAUGAUAUGAUUCAGAGUAAGUAUUUACUUAUAUUUUCUAAGUUAAUUUUUACUUUUUUUUUAAAUAUUUUUUACAGGAACCGUUCGUGAACACUUCUUGGGCCUGCAUUCUGGAGAAUUGUCGGAUUUUUCGAUCCAAUUUACUGGUAAUAUAAUGUUUAUAUUGAUAUGAAUACUAUUUGUUUUUUUAACAAACAUUAUGCUUCAAUUAAUCUUUUUUAAGCUCUAAAAUUUUAAUAAAAUUCGUUUUUAGAUAAAAGCGAAGGGACGUCAAUUGGCAACGUAUGUGAAGUCAAGUUUUCUGGCAUGCGUCGGCGAUUCUUUAUCAAAUGCCACCAGAGAGGCCCACGUUCAACAUCCUUGUCCAUUGCGAAUAGAUACAGUAGCAUAAAUCGGCCAUUCGUUCAGGAAAUUUACGUAUACGAGGUAUUCUAUUGAAUUAAUUGAACAAAACUAACAUUUUAUUAUAUUAUAAUAUCUGUUUUUAAUUUAUAUUUUUUUAGUUGCUGUCGUUGAUCAAAGUCGGCGGAGAAGUCCAUUUUCCCAUCCCAAUAACCGAUACCAGGAAAGCUCUAUACAUUGCAACGGAGGAGAUCAACUUUACGGUCGCAAAACAACUGACGGCACAAACCGUGAAUUCCAACGCCAUGAUCCUUGUGGACUUUCUUCAAUUCAUCCUGCGUUUGGAGGACGUCGGUACAAACGGAGGAAAUUACGGACAAACCGAUGAAGGAGACGCAGUUGUCGUCGAUUUUUGGUAAUUUUUGUUUUGUUAAAAAUUCUAAAAUCUUCAAAAAUUCUAAAUAUAACCUGUUUUAUUUUAGGGUUAUUCCGAAGGAUGAUUAUGUGCAUACGGAUGAUCAAUGUUCUGAUUUUUGGAAUGCGCUACACAACUGUAACUCUCGACUGAUCUCCGAUGUCUUGAAGAGGGUGACAAUAGAACAAAGAAAAGAAAUUAUUAAUGGAGCGAUCGAAAAAUGGAACCUGCUACAAAAAAUUGAACAGGCUAAAUCUCUGGUAGAACAAUUUAUUAUUAAAAAUGGAGGAAGGAUAGAAGUCAGUGGUGAUCUUAAUCGAUACGUUCGCGAUGUUAAAUCCAAUGUAGAGAAAUUGAUUAAGUAGUUUGUUUGAAUACCGAAAUGUCCUCCAUUUGAUUAUUACUCCAUGUAAUUCUUUGUUUUUCAUUGAUGCAGUAA